AUGGGGGGAAAAGCUGUGGGGGAGAAAGGGGGGAGUGUGGGGGGGAUGGGCGGAAGGGGAGAGGAGGGAGGGCGGAGUGCAAUGGAGGUGUUUUCAGGGGGGGUGAGGGCAGGCGCGUGGGGGUAUGGAGGGGCAGUGGGGGGCACAGGAGGAAUGGGAGGGGCGGGGUCGAUAGUGGCGGAGGGGGAUGAGGUGAUGAAGUUCCUGAGGGAGGGCCUUGCGAGACUGCAGGCCUCGCAAUCCAAGGCUGAGCGGGAGGCUCGGGAAGCGGAGGAUCGGCUGGUGGCGGCGGCAGAGGAGGUGUUGGAGCUAGAGAGGGCGAUGAAGGGCGCUGAGAGCAAAUACCGCUUUGUGCAGGACCUCAGACAGUACAUCGCCGUGUUGUGCGAUUUCCUCAAGGACAAAGCAGCUCUGAUAGAGGAGCUGGAGGAGUCGCUGCAGCAGCUGCAGGAGGAGCGUGCCAACGCAGCGUUCGAGCGCCGCCGCGCUGACCUAGCAGAUGAGCUGGCGCAAGCAGAGGCUGCCACGAUGAUGGCGACAGCAGUAGGAGUGGCAGCAGCAGCGGUGGAGGCGGUGGUGGAAGGGGGAGGUGCGGGGGGAGGCCGGGUGGAGUUGGAUGAGUUUGGAAGAGACGUGAACCUGCAGAAACGCUCUGGCAGGCAAGAAAUACUCACUGCUGCUGAUGCGGUGUUUGCGGAUGCAGCCGAGGAGUACAGCAGGAUUGAGCGAGUGAAGGAGCGAAUGGAGAGGUGGAAGCAGCAGCACCCCGCAGCCUACCGGGACGCCUACGCCAGCAUGUCAGCACCGGCGCUCUUUGCUCCCUUGGUGCGCCUGGAGCUGCUGCGAUGGGACCCGCUGUUUGGGGGAGGCGCCUUUGACUCCAUGCACUGGUACUCAGUCCUCUUUGACUAUGGCCUCCCAACCGACGGCUCCGAGCCUGCGCCGGACGACCCGGACACGAACCUGGUGCCGAGGCUCGUGGAGAAGGUGGGGCUGCCGAUCCUGCACCACGCGCUGCAGCACUGCUGGGACCCGCUGGACCGCGCUGCAACCAAUCGCGCGGCGACAGCUGUCGAGGAGGUGCUGGUGUAUGUGGAGGCGGGGGCGCCGGCAGUGGUGGAGAUGGUGAAGGCCGUGGAGGGGCGUAUGGAAAGUGCUGUCGCAGAGAUGCAGCUACCAGCGUGGCCGCCCCCCAUACUUGCAGCCUGCCCCUCCGCUGCUCGAUUCGCGGCUCAGAGGUUCGGGCAGGCACUACGCCUCAUUCACAACCUGGGCAGGAUGCGAGACGUGGUGUCUCAGCAACUCCUAGAUCGACUCGUGCUGCAGUCUCUCCUGGCCAAUCAGCUGCUGCCACAUCUGCGCGCCCUCGCCCCUGUGCUGCACGACGCCGUACCCCGUACAGAGCGGCUCGUUUGUGUGCUGUGUGAUGGCAAGUGGGCCGGCACUGGCAGCGGGAGCGCCUUGCCUCCUUCGGCCGAACCCAGGAACAGUCCCAGGUCUCCUCUGUCGCAACUGGUGCCUUUUAUCGAAACGCUGGGGCGCUCUGUAGAGAGUCGGAGUGCAGUGGAGGGGCAGAGGGAGGAGUGUGUGGGGCUGGCGAGGAGGCUGAAACGCAUGCUGCCAGCCUGGAACAAUGGUAACCUCAAGCGGUUGGCGAAUAAGAUCAUUUCGCCUCUCAUCUUCGCUCAUGUUCGCGCGGCGUAUCCAGGAAUCCCCGUCAAUGACUCCAACUGUCAGCCUUUCGUGUGCGGGCGGUACAUGUGGAUGCACAACGGUGGGGUGGGGGGAUUUCACAAGGUACGGAGAAAGCUGCUGGAGUCGCUGCGGGAUGAUGUGUACCAGCAGUGCCCCUCCUUCGAGUCCGACUCUGCCAUCUGCUUUGCUCUCUUCCUCAACCAGAUCCAAGACCCCAUGCAGCAGCUCGCACCAGAGGAGCUAGUGGCAAAGAUGGAGGCGACGAUCAACGAGGUAAACCGGCUAUGUGGCGAGGCGGGGGUGGCAGACGAGCUCUCUCUCCUCAACUUCGUUGUUUCCGAUGGCCGCACCGUCGUUGCCACCAAAUACUGCAAUCUGCCCCACGAGGAGUGUGCAACGCUGUACUAUGCGAGUGGGAGCCGGUUUGAGGCGCUGGACGGCAGCAGCAAUGACUACUUGGUGCGCCACGCCGACCGCCGCGGGCUGCUGGGGAUCGUGGCCAGCGAGCCGCUCACUGAUGAGAGCGCGGACUGGAUCCAGUGCCCCUCUCCCGCAACCCCCCAAUCAGGUGCCGCACAACACGAUGGUGGUGAUGACGCGGUUCAAGGGCUCCUCUUUACCUCCUGUCUCCCCCCUUCGGCCCACGUGUCAGGUCCCACGCAACACGGCGGUGGUGAUGACACGGUUCAAGGGCUCCUUCGUGGAUGUGCUUCUG